AUGGGGGAUAUGACACCAGCAGAGGAGACUGAGCUCAGGGCUGCUCGUUGCCAGUUGUUUGAAUCCAGCAUGAGGAACGAAGCAAGAAGACUGAGGACUUUUUGGCAAUGGCCAGGCACCUCACCUGUGUCUGCCCGAGACUUGGUCAAGGCUGGUUUUUUCUUUGUGGGUCCAAGAGAUGAAGUACAGUGUUUCUGCUGUGGUGGUGUCCUGAAGGACUGGGGGCCUGGUGAUUGCCCAGUAGCAGAGCAUCUGAAGUUCUUCCCUUCUUGUAAAUUCAUUUGUGGUGAGGAUGUUGGGAACCAAGAGAUGCUUCCUCUUCAGGAAAUCUUUGACACUGUGGAUGGGCAGUUCCUCAGCCUUUUGCAGGGAAUAGACAGUGAGGAGGCAGGCCUGCCCAACGAACCAGAAUACCCGGAGAUGGUAACGGAGGAGAUGAGACUAUCUACGUUUCAGCACUGGCCACAAUAUACUGACAUGCAGCCUGAACAACUGGCUAGAGCAGGAUUCUUUUACACAGGACAAGGGGAUGUAGUGAGGUGUUUUUACUGUGAUGGCGGUGUGAGGAACUGGUCGUUUGGAGAUGAUCCUUGGAGGGAACAUGCCAAAUGGUAUCCAGGGUGUGAAUUUUUAUUGCAGUCAAGGGGGAGAGAGUUUAUUAGCAGUGUUCAGGAGUCCUUUUCUACCACCCUGCUAUCUCCAAGAGAUUCCUGGGAUCACACUGAAGAAGAUUCCCCUGCUUCCCAAGAUGCUGUUCAGAGAGAGACUGAAACAUCAAGUUCAAGAGGAGAAAUGCAAUCUGUGCAACAAAAGGAACCAGAUGAGUCUCGGAUGAGCACAGAAGAACAGCUCCGACGCCUGCAAGAGGAGAGGAUGUGCAAAGUGUGCAUGGACAGAGAUGUGUCUGUUGUGUUUGUUCCUUGUGGCCACCUGGUAGCUUGUGGAGAAUGUGCCCUCAAUUUGAGAUUGUGUCCUAUCUGCAGAGCAGUCAUCCGGGGAAGUGUGAGGACUUUCAUGUCCUGA